AUGAUCAAUGUCCUGGAGAAAGACGCCGCAUUGGCGGUUGUUAGCGACGAAGCGCAGGAAUUCGAUCCAGCAGUGGAAAAGCGCGUCAUGCGCAAAAUCGAUCUCUUCUUCAUGCCCGCCAUGCUGAUCGGCUAUGGAUUUGUCUACUGGGACAAGGCGAUCCUCGGCAGUGCCUCGUUAUUCGGCAUGACGGCGGACCUCUCGCUGCUGGUGGUGGAUGAGUCCACCUCACCACCGUCGAGAGACACCUCACGACUGAGCUGGGCCACUUCGAUCUUCUAUUUCGGCAUGUUGGCCGGUCUGUAUCCCAUGACGUUUGUACUGCAGCGGUUCCAAGUCCGGUUCGUGUUUGGACCCAUUGUUCUGCUGUGGGCUGUUACUUGUGCGGCGACGGCCGGGGUGACGACUUGGCAGGGACUGUUUGUACAGCGAUUCUUUCUCGGAUUUGUGGAAAGUGUAGUCCCCACCGGAUUCAUGACCAUCGUCAGUGGAUACUACACGCAGCAGGAACAAGCCAUGCGACAGGCGUGGUGGUUCUCCGGUACGGGAUGGUUCACGAUCAUCGGCAGCGCAAUGAACUAUGCCUUUGGACAGAUCGACUCCGGAGCUUUGACUCGUUGGCAGUAUAUCUAUAUCUUUGCAGGCGUGUUGACCUUCCUGUUUGGUCUGUGGUGCUGCAUGAUGCCAAAUUCACCGGUUUCCGCCUGGUUCUUGACGGCCGAGGAGCGCGUGGUCGCCGUGGAGAGGCUGCGUCGGAGCCAGACCGGCGUAAGAUGUCAUCAGAUCAAAUGGGGGCAGAUCAAGGAGGCGGUUACAGAUGUGAAGAUGUAUUUGGUGGCUGUUAUGAUGGCAUCUGCGUAUACAAUUAACGGAGCAAUCUCUGGCUUCGGUCCAUUAAUCGUAUCCACCUUUGGAUUCAACACCCUCGACUCGAUCCUCUUUCAGUUCCCCGUGGGCGCGAUCUGUAUCAUCUUCAUCCCAACCUGUGGAUAUAUCUCAUCACGCAUCCCUAACUCACGCAUCCCCAUGCUCCUGGUCUGCUGUCUUCCCGUCAUCGCAGGGUGCGUUAUGAUCUGGAAAUCCUCCUGGGGAUAUAAACCCGCGACACCGGUUGCCGGAUACGCAUUGACAGGGUUCUUUGGCCCCGUGGUGAGUCUGAUCAUCACGCUGGGGGCGAGCAAUGUGGCCGGCGCCACGAAGAAGACGGUCAUGGCUGCGACGGUGUUUGUCGCGUACACGGUGGGCAAUAUCAUCGGACCACAGCUGGUUAAUGGUCGCACGGUGGAUCGACAUUAUCCUGAGCUGUGGACGGGACUUAUCAUCUGUUAUGGGAUUACGAUGGCCUCGGCCACGUCGCUAUAUUUCCUCCUGUGGCGGGAGAACCGUCGGAGGGAUCGUUUGCAGGUCGAUGAGAGUCAACGGGAUAAGUUGGCGUUUCAGGAUUUGACGGAUAAAGAGAACCCCUUUUUUCGAUACGUAUUAUAG